GCCCAGUAGGACAGACAUCCAGUGGAACCGCUUAAGGCGAAAAAUGUUCGAUCUAUGAUUGCUUAUCGUUAAUCACUGGAAAAGGCGACAGGAAGGGCGGAGAAUUUUGCGAAGGCGCGCUUUCAAAAUGGUAACCAUGACGACGCAACGGCUCUAUUGAUUCCCCGCCCCUCGCUCCCGCCAAAGCUCCCAAAGCCACGGCGUGGGUCCUUAUCCACUCCGCACUCCGCUAUCAGUUGUUAUCACCAAUUUCUUCGGCGGCCAAUUCCCAGUUUUCUCAUCACUCGAAAAAGUUUACACGCAAUUAGCGCUUUUGAAUCCUGUCCAUGUUGCUUUCGCGCCACAUGAUCAUAUGAGACUUUCCACGAGGUUGACUUUUUUACGAAUGGCUUGGGAAAAAGUAUCCUAACGCAAGCUCUGGACCUAAUUAUGUCAUCAAAGGAACUACGCCCAAUUAAUAUAGAUGAGCCGCGUUGGGACCAAAACACCUACAUCGGGAGGGCCAAGUUCUACUUCGCCACCGUCAACCCUCGCAACAUUUUCUACUCCUCCAAAUCUCUCGAUGAAGCCAAAAGCGUCAUCGAUACCUACAGGAAAACCCGAGAGCUUCCGGCCGGAGUGAGCGUUGAGCAACUUUACAGGCUCAAAGACAUUUAUGAUUCGGCAUUCCAUCCGGAGACAGGUCAGAAAAUCACACCGAUAGGUCGAAUGUCGGCGCAAGUCCCCAUGAAUAUGCUCAUCACCGGAUGCAUGAUGACAUUUUACCGGACUAACCCUGCUGUUGUAUUCUGGCAGUGGGUAAACCAGUCUUUCAACGCUGUCGUGAACUAUUCCAAUAGAAGUGGCGCUGCUAACGUUACCCAAACACAACUUGGGGUGGCUUAUGCGUGCGCAACAACUGGUGCUGUCGUCACAGCUCUAGGUACAAAGUCGCUGAUACAGGGUAGAUCUUUACUUGCAAGAUUUGUGCCUUUCUUCGGCGUCGUGGCGGCCAACUGUGUCAACAUUCCGAUCAUGAGAUAUCACGAAUUGCGAGACGGGAUCUCGGUGUACACAGAGAACAAUACUCUCUUGGGGAAGUCUAAAAUUGCGGCCAAGAACGCUAUUGCUGCCGUUGUCUUCAGCCGUAUCGUCAUGGCUUUUCCUAGCAUGAGUCUGACGCCGGUGGUGAUGCAUCGCCUGGAGCGGAGGCCGUUCCUGAGGAAAAAUCCCGUUCUCCUGGGCCCUGUCAGCAUCCUCCUCACGGGCUUCGUCCUGCUCUUCGCAACCCCACUCGCCUGCGCAAUCUUCUCACAAAAAGUCUGGGUCCCCAUCCAACAACUCGAGCCACACCUCAAAGAAGGAACCGAUCCCAACGUUGGCAGAGUUUACUACAAUAAAGGUCUCUAAUUUAUCAUCUCACCAUAUCGGAUCAUCGCUUCGGAGACCUUUCUUCCAAUUUUUGCCGCAUCCCUCGAAAUCUCAAGAAGAGUUUGUUGUGUGAAGGAAAUUGGUGAGAAAUUUUCCGCGAUCAACUACCUCGUCAGUUGAACCUCGAAGUAAUCCUACAAUCGAAGCUUAACGAAACUCGUAAUGAAGUGAAGAGGGAAUUGAACUUUUAGCUUUCGAAUACAAGUAAAAAAGGACUUUAACAGUAGCAAUAUAACGUAAAUAUAUUCCAUUGACUAAUUUUUGCAAUUCGCUAAUUUUCAUCGGCAAUGAGAAGUUGCUCAUAUUUCAUGAGCAAUUUAGUUGUUCAAUGCAUGAAGUUUAUAAAGCGACAAAAUGAGUUUAACCUUUUAGGAUUCUCUCUAGGGUUAAUUUUGUUAGCGUGAUGGCGCACAACGCUUCUGUUUUAUGUAAGCAAUAUUUUUGGCCUAGGAUGAGAAUGUUGUUUCUUUUUCCAAGGUGUAAAAAGAAGGAGAUACCCAUUUUCGAUGAUAAUUCUUAUCACUCUUUUCUGAACUCGCUUGAAACGGAGGUUUGAAUUUUAUAUCUUAGACCCUAAGAAAAUGGCAUCGUAACGUAUGUGUUAACAAAAAGGGUAUAAGUCGAAUGUAACAUUUAAUACCGCAGUUUUUGGGUGUCGUCAGUUUUCCUUCCUGUUCAUUGCUGACGCUAAACUGACUCGUAGAUUAUGAAGAUUUUUUUCAUAUUCUUAAGUUUUUUUGUAAUUUUUCAAAAAUACGCACAAUCUUGCACUAUGUUAGUCGUCCAUCAUUCCAAGUCCACGGUUUUUCACACGGUCAUAAAAUCUCUCAAAAAUGUUGAUCGGUCGGAUGUAUGACUCAUAAAAUUUUGUUUAUAGUCAAUUAACGAUCAUUAAUGGGUUAUAAACUGGUGGAUCUAAUACAUGUAGACCUAAGAAGUUGCGAACUCAUAUCUCCACUUGUCUUCCUCAAGAAAAAUUAUUUUAAUAAGCCUGAAUUCAAAUUGAAAAGUCAAUUUGACUCUAUUGGUCAGCCGAUUCUUUUAACCACUGUUGAUUUUGUUAUAUGUGUUUUUAUUUCUUUCUAAGUUAAUGUAAUAUUUUGCCCUUACGAGUAGGUAGUUAAAUUGCUGGAGUUAGUGCUGUAUACGAGUAUUUCUAAGUUCAAAGCCUCUUGUUUAGGCGCAAGCUGAUAUGGAGCAUAAGAUACUACUCCCUAGAGCUGUCCUCCGUUAUAUUUCACGAUAUCUUCUUUAAAAAGUUGAAAAAUAGUUGGAGUUUUUUAUCUCGUACUGAACGAUAGUUAGUGAGCUCACUAAUUCUCCUAAAAUAAUUGCUGCGAGCUAUUGCAAUCAACCAAUUCCAAAUUCUGGCACUCUUCCUGGUCCAUACGCACCAUGCAACUAUUUUUACGCGUAAGAGCUGUUUUGCCUACCCGCAAAGAUGAAGGCGAAACACGUUUCAUGUUUCAGUUUCAAGAGGUACAUGUACGUUGUUAAAGAUUCUUGCAACUAUGAGCAAACUUCUUUAAAAAUCCGUCUGCGACUAACUUACAAUUAGUUACGUGUCUUUUGCUGCUCAACUUUUACUUGUCCUUUAGCUUUUUAAAUAGGGAAGAAAGCAGUGUGCUUGGGAUCAAAAAUACACCUAUCUAUUCUCCGUUUUCAAGUAACUGAAAAGAAUCGUUCGUGCGCACCUCAAAUUUUGAGUCUAAAUUCAUUUCUACUCAAGUUUUUUUUUUUUUGAAACUUUAGUCGAGAAAUAUCUAUCCAUCAAAGUCAAAAUACAACUGUCAUAGUUCUACUAAAAUUUGAUGAAGCAGGCCCGGCAGGUAAAGCAUACAUUAUGAAAAGAGCAUAUCGAAGACCGAAGUCCAAAACCACAUAUCUCCAUUCGCGACAUUGCAGAGUUCCUGUCAUACGUUAUUUUACUGUGGAAAACUAGUCAACGUAAUUUCUCGAAAACAUGCUCGUUCGAUUCGACCUCUCUGCCAACAAAAUAUUCUGCGUAAAUCAAACUAUGUAAUCGACUUGUCUCUUUUCUAAAAAAUACAGUACAAACGGAGAUUUUGAAACAUCACAAUGUACAUACGUGGUUUCACUUUUGGUCAUUGAUAUGCUCUUUUAAUAAUGUAUGCUAUCUUUGAGCUAAUUCCAGAAAUGGUCAAUGUAUUUGACGUAUUUCACAUGAAAUUGCGACUGGGAAACGUGUCUUUUGGAGGUAUAAUACUUGGCGUGUUCAGCGGUCCAUUCCGAUAUUUGAUCGAAUAGUCCC